GCUUCUGGAUCCCGCCCCCGAGAUGGGGGGGGCAAGGCCGUGUUAAAAGAUAUCUGCUCAACUCCCUCGAGGUCAGAGGCUUGAGUGUAAGACUGAGAACGUAUCAUGUUGAAGAUGAGCUGGUGGCAGCGAGAAAGCCAAAAUCAGAACCGGAACCUGAGGAGAGAGUCUUCCAGGAGAAAGUGUAUCUUCAUACAUCACCACACCUGAAAGCAGAACCUGAUCCAACUGCAGAGAUGGCAGCUGAAUCAUUGCCUUUUUCCUUUGGGGCAGUGUCCAGCUGGGAGCUGGAAGCCUGGUAUGAGGACCUGCAGGAAGUCCUGUCCUCAGAUGAAAAUGGGGGUAACUAUAUCUCACCCCCUAGAAACGAAGAGGAAGAAUCAAAAACAUUCACCACUCUUGACCCUGCAUCUCUUGCUUGGCUGACUGAGGAACCAGGACCAGCAGAGGUCAAAAGCACCUCUCAAAGCCCUCACUCUCCAGAUUCCAGUCAGAGCUCCCUAACUCAAGAGGAAGAGGAAGACCAAGGAAAAACCAGAAAACGAAAACAGAGUGGCCAGUGGCCAGUCCGGGCUGGAAAGCAACGCGUGAAGGAAAAAGAACAAGAGAAUGAAAGGAAAGUGGCACAGCUAACAGAAGAGAAUGAACGGCUCAAGCAGGAAAUUGAGUACCUAACCAGGGAAGUAGAGGCAACGCGCCGAGCUCUGAUUGACCGAAUGGUUAAUCUGCACCAGGCGUGAACAAAUAGGGGCAUCACUCCCCAGCUCUGGCUACCUUCCACCUUCCUUUCCCAGAAGUAGCUAUUGACCACCUUCAUACCAGUGCCAAUGAUGUGACCCUUAAAUGCUUGGGGUAGACAAAAGGAAAGGGUCUCAGCUUGUAUAUAGAAGUUGUACAUAUAUUUAUUAUUGUCCACAGCCAUUAAAGUGACUU